AUGGCGUUGUGUCGCAUCAGUGUUUCAUUUGCAAAUGAGAUUUUCGGUCGUGUGGCUAUCGCGUCAUCCCUCUCUAGUCAGAUUCUCCAGCAGCGUUCCCGCGGCUAUGCUUCCGACCCAAUUUCCCUGACUAGUUUGAAACGUGGCACUGGAGGUCGUUCUUCCUUUAAUGGAUUAGUAGUAACAGUUUUUGGUGCCUCCGGUUACCUGGGUAGACACAUCGUUACACACUUGGGUCGAGUUGGCGCCCAAGUCAUUGUUCCUUAUCGUGGCGAUCCCUACUUCAUUCGUGAUCUUAAAGUAAUGGGAGAUUUGGGUCAGAUCCUAUUCUGUCCUUUUCACCUGGAAGACGAAGAGGCGAUCAAGAAGUCCAUGCGUUUCAGCAACGUAGCCAUCAACUGCAUGGGCAAGUUUAAUUCCACGCACAACUUCACACAUGAGGCGGUCAAUCUGGAGGGUGCUGCACGCGUAGCUCGCCUUUCCAAGGAAAUGGGGGUGGAGCGUUUCGUGCAUAUCUCGGCGCUCUCGCAAAGCGCCAACCCCGAGAGGUUUGUCUGGAAGGCCUCAGAGUUCCGUCGCACCAAAGCCCUCGGCGAGAAGGCCGUUCUGUGUGAACGUCCUGAUGCUAUCAUCUUUCGACCUGCCGAUAUUUGGGGCAACUCGGACCGCUUUCUUUGCUACUAUGCCUCUAGAGAGCGCCGCUGGGCCUAUGGCAGCCAACUGCGUGUGUGUCUGUGGAAGCGCGGCCAGAAGACCGUGAAGCAACCAGUUUAUGUGGGCGAUCUGGCCAAAGGCAUUGUGAAUAGCCUCACUACAGCGGACAGUCCGGGUAAGAUCUACGAGGCCGUAGGCCCCCAUCGCUAUCGUUUGGAUGAUCUGGUCAAGUGGAUUAUCUUCAACUGUCGCUACCUACCGCGCGAGCUCAAUAUCGGCAGAAUUGACCCUUGGUUCUUAGCAAGAGUGUAUGCGAACGAAUUCGUCGCUCGAGUGAAUCCGGCCCUGUGUUUCGAACGCCUGGAGCAUGACUUCGUGACUGACACACUCUCCGGUGCACCCACCCUCCUCGAUUUGAAUGUCAAACUGACAAAACUGGAGGAUCGUCUUCAGCAAAUCGUCUUCAUCUACCGACGUCUGAACAACUACUGGGAGGCGGUUGGUGAAUUUCCGGAACCACCUAACCCUCCCAUUUCCCUCGUCUAG